UUGUGCACAUGCAACAUUUCUUUUGACUUUUGAGCUGGCGCGGGACGCACAGCACACUGACACACACACACGGUGGUUGGCCUUGGCCCCACCCCUUCACCAACAAGGAUUCCAAGUCAGAAGCGCCAACAGCAAGAUGUACGCGGCGUCCUCUCAUCCGGGCACCAGCUCCAGUAGCAGCAUGGAGGAAUCCCAUGGCAUCGUCAUCGUAGGCGGCGGCAUCUGCGGCCUCGCCACCGCUCUUGCACUCCACCGGAAAGGAAUCGCGAGCCUUGUGCUGGAGAAGUCGGAGGCUCUGAGAGUAGAUGGCGGCUCCAUCGGCGUCCAUGUCAACGGAUGGCGCGUUCUGGAGCAGCUCGGGGUCGCCGCAGAGCUCCGGGAGACUGCCAACCUUGUCACCGCCUUCAUACGUUUGAGAAUGCCCUUGAUUUCAUACCAAAUGCCACCAGAUCAGAUUCAGAACCAGCGUAGCUUGCCCAAUUGUUUCCAGGUUCCACGACGUGUGGCAGGACGAAAAGAAGAGCACCCUGACACCCGUCAGGAGCUCCGGUGGCUGAAGAGGAAGGACCUGCUGGAGACGAUGGCCAAGGACAUACCCGCAGGAGCGAUCCGUCUGGGCUGCCACGUCACGGCCAUCCACCCGUCGGAUCCCGGCGUGGUCCUUACUACUACACCGGCCGGCGGCGGCGGCGGCGGCGUCAUCAGAGCCAAGGUGCUGAUUGGCUGUGACGGCUCCAACUCGGUGGUGGCGAAGUACCUAGGCAUGUCCCCGUCCAAACCGACUCCUCCGCGCACGUAUCUGCGUGGGUUCACGACGUACCGGCACGGGCACCCCUUCGGAGACCGUUUCCUGCGCCUGAGGGGCAGGCGCUUCUUCGUCGGGCGCUCGCCCAUGACCGACACCCGAGUCAGCUUCUUCGUGGCCUGCCACGUCCCUUCUGCUGCCACCAGCAGCAGCAGCAGGGUGGUCGACGCGCGCGACACGAGGCAUGCCGUGCUGCAGAAGCUGCGAGACCAGCGGUGCCCCGCCGAGGUCGUCGAGAUGGUGCGGGACGCCGACCCCGACUCGCUGAAUGUGGUCACCAGGGUGUGGUACCGCCCGCCGUGGCAGGUCGCGCUCGCCGCCUUCCGGAAGGGCGCCGUGACGGUGGCCGGCGACGCCAUGCACGCCAUGGGGUCGUACAUCGGCCAGGGCGGCUCGGCGGCGCUGGAGGACGCCCUCGUGCUCGCCCGGUCGCUGGCGCGAGCGCGGGCCGCCGCCGCCGGGGGCCGUGAUGACGGCGACGACGAGCCGUUUCUUCUCGGUGCGGCGACGGCGAUCCGGGAGUACGUCAGGGAGAGGAGGCUGAGGGUGGCGAGGCUGUCGUUGGAGGCCUUCGUCAUGGGGGAGCUGCUGCGAGCCAAGUCGAUGGCCACGAAGCUCGCCUGCAUGGCCAUCCUGGCUCUCCUCGGCACCAAGGCACUCGGCCACACCAACUACGACUGCGGCCGCCUGUAACAGACUAACAGUGCUUUGCUUAUUGCGUCUUUUAGCAUCUAUGCACUGGUGUCUCUAGAUAUCUUUAUUAAACAUGUAAGAAUCAUCUCAACGAAUGUUGGAUAAAUAUUUUAAUUGAUGUUAUCUUUUUUUUUCAAUUGGUGUUAUGACAUAUAUCUAUCAUAUGACAUAUAUCAUCGUUUCUUA